ACCUACGGGCACACUAAUUUUCAGAACAUUUUAAUACUGGCAUGUAAAUAAAAUAAUCAAUUGGUGAAACCCUAAAAUAAAAUGUGAAUUAUUAAACAUGCAAUAGAAUCAAAUGGGCAUUAAACAAUAUAAAAUUAAAGACUUUUGGUUCCUGCUAAAUGUGAAUUAAAGUGGUCGAGUGAAAACGCGAUAAUUUGUGUAAAAUUGAAGUUGCGAACAAAGAGUUGCCAACAAUAUUUUGUUUCGGAUACAUUUUCAAGGCUACAUUUUCCUACAUUUGUUUUUUUUUUUCACCAGUAAGGCGGGUCUAAAGCAAAUCAUGAAAGCGUUUUAAGAGCUCAAGGUUUUAAGCUUGCCAAUCGGUUGGCUUUCUUAUCAGAAACUGUAAACAAUUGGAUCUCGAAGACUGAAUGCAAUAGCACAGAUCAAUCUAUCAGGUGUUAUCAUGUCCAAGAGAAAAUACCUAUUUGUUAAGGCUUCAAGGAGCAAGAGGCCCCACAAGUUGAAUUUAUAAAAUGCUGAAAGGCAAUUUGCACAAACAAGAACCUGGUUGUUAAGUAGGCGCUGCUAGAAACCGUAUAUACAUGGCAAAAUAGGCAUGAAAUUACAAAAAAUUAUCCUGUGUGCAUGUCCUGCAUAAAAACAUUUACUCAACGUAUCGCAGUUAGCUUAGUGUUUUCAUCUGAUCUGGCAUAACACUCAAAAUGGGAGCCAAUACGUCAAGCAGCAGCAGCUAUCCCACAGUCGCCUCAUCGGGAAGUGGAGCUAAUAACAAUUCUAGCAACUCGAAUGGAAAUUUAUCAGCAUUGCCUAUGGGCGGAAUGGGCGAAAUGUCUAGUGGUUCAGGUGCUUUUGGCAUGAGUGGAAAUAGUAGUAGCAGUUGUGGACCUAGUGGAAAUGCUAGCGGAACUCCUGGUAUUGUCAUAAGUGGAGCACAUUACCAUCGGGAUCAGAGGAGGAAACGUGCCACCGGCUUUGCCACACUUAAACGCAAGUUUAUACGUCGACGGCGUUCUUCGAAAGCCUGUGAUCACGCACGCGUCCUGCGAGACUUUGUAUCUGAUUGGGCACCCGUGGAACUAGCAGCUCUAUGCGAGGAAUUCGAGGCGUUGUCGGCUCUAAGGGAUUUGUCGGUGCAAGCUGAAUUGGCACGGCCGCCGGCAGCAACGUUUAAACAAGAUCUUGCUGCCAUAUAUGAGAAAAAUUUGUGCACCGAUUGUGAUUUGGUUUUUCGUGGAACGAUAUUCUCAGUGCACCGUUCAAUAUUAUCAGCACGUUGUGUAUAUUUUCGGGACCUGCUGGCAGGAUGUCCUGGUUUCGGAGCGCGUAUAUGUCUCGAAUUACCUACUUCCCCCAUUGAUGUCCAACUUUUCUCAUCACUAUUACGCUACCUAUACACUGGUGAUCUAUGUCCCCAUGAUCCCAACAUUGACAUAAGCCUAUUGCGGCAGCUAGGCAAAGAUUUCGGUACACCGAAUCCCCUAGAGCAUGAUCUGCGCUAUUUGUUGGAAACAGGUGAUUACGCUGAUGCAGCUCUUGUCUUUACUGCAGAUGGUACCAACGACUAUCUAAGACAAGACUCAGGAACUUCGGAGUAUGGAUUUAGACCGAAGAUCGAAUUACCUUGCCAUAAAGCGAUAUUAAGCGCGCGUUCACCUUUUUUUCGAAAUCUAAUUGCGCGCCGUACGCGUAAUAUUGACGAGUACGUUGAACGUUCAUUACACGUACCCACACGCAUUGUAUUAGAUGAAACUGUUAUACCAAAAAGAUAUGCCCGUGUGUUGCUGCAAGCAAUCUAUCUGGACUCGGUGGACUUGACAUUGAUAUUGCGUGGCGUAGGUUCUGGUACAUCGGCUGGUUCACUUGGUGAAGUGCAUGCAUUAACCAAUACGGGACGUGUGCGACCAACGACUCUCGAGGAGGCCAUGGAGUUAUAUCAGAUCGGUCGUUUUCUAGAGCUGGAUAUAUUGGCUCAAGGCUGUGAGGAUUUGAUUCUUGAAUGGUUAUCCAUCGAAACGUUACCCACAGUUCUGAAAUGGGGUUGCCAGCCCCACGGAUCCGCAUGGGUCUUUCGCCAAGCUUGUCAGUAUUUACGUGAGGAAUUUGCAGCUGUAAGCUCCUCACCGGUGUUGCAUCAACUCGAUAAAUCUCAGUUAAUACAUAUUCUGCAUAGUAACUUCUUGCAAGCAUCCGAAUUGGAAGUAUUGCAAGCCGUUCUCAAGUGGGGUGAGCAGGAGCUCAUUCGUCGCAUGGAGGAUCGUGAGCCCAACUUGUUGUCCCACACAGCCCACUCGGUAGCACGCAAGGGUGUCAAGAAACGCGACCUGAGCGACAUAGAAUUACGCGAGAUACUCUCGGAACUAUUGCCACUGGUACGUAUGGAUCAUGUCCUGCCGCCACAUUGUGAGGUCCUUUGCCAGGCCAUUCGUCGAGGUCUCGUGAGCACACCACCAUCGCACAUGAUCGGAGAUGAUCGAGAAAAUUUGCGUAUCAAUGCCUGGAUUCGUGGGGGUAAAAAUCAAGGUCUAUACGUUAGGCCUCGUCUAUUUAUGCCCUAUUUUGAGGAGGUCAAAGCGCUCUUGGAAGAUCGCAUGUCAUCGUCACAUCAUCAGGUUGAACUAAUGCGUAUGCGCCGAUGUCGACAUCCCCCAGAUAUACCAGAUACCCUCUAUAUGGUAUCACAUAUGAAUUCAAAGGCGAAUAGUGAUCUUAGCACAGUAGAAAAUCGUAGUACUGAUGGUAAUGUUGAUAUAUUAGUAGGCGCCGCUGUUAUUCCACCACCGGACAACCAAACGUUAUUAGCAAUGCGAAAGCGGGAGCACAAGCUUCGUCAAUCGCCAAUGUGUCAGAGGGCAUUACUGUUGCCACUUUCAUCAAAGAGUGAAAUCGACCGGCAAAUUCGUCUGCGGGUUGUGCGGGAAUUUAAUCUGCCCGACGAGGUAUCUGACCUACUGGAAAUCGCCCUACAAACCAAUACAGGUCGAAAUGAGAAUCAUGCCGAGGAGACAAGUGCAUCGACAUCACAGAAAGAUGACUCGUUGCUUGAGGAUGAGGAUCAAAGCCCGCCGCCAUCACCAGCAGCUACAUGCUCAGUUUCGCGACACACCAAUGUUGCAUCAUCGUUUUUAUCGCCAAUGGGCUCAUCCGUGGCGUCUUGUGGCACCGACGCUGCUCAUCCGUGCUACAGCCGAAAUCUCACCUUCCCACGCCACCAUUCGAAUGGACUAAUCGGUGUGGCCAAUGCAUUUGGUUCCAGCUCUGGUCCGACGCUUCAGUGUAGUUAUUCGCGACUCUCAUCAUCGGUGCAUCAACGCAACGAUCUACCAGCCCUCAUAACCGAGGGAGACUUUCGUUUCCCGCAUGGAAAUGGCCUCGGAUUGGAUAUGGGCGCCGAGGGCGGUGCCUGUGGACUGGAUUCGGCCAAUAGCCAUCUAUCCGAAAUGAUGCCCGAUGUGGCAAUGGCCACAGCCUCAUUGGGACAGCUUCAUUUGACAAAUAAUGGAGCUGGAUGCGCCAGUAAUAUUGGCGGACGCGCAGUAAGCAGUAAUAACGACAUGUCCGAGAGCUUGCAAUUAGAUUUAGGCGAUGGACCUAGCCCUCAUAUAAUUGGAAGUGCUGUCGGUUCAAUGACUCUACGAAAUAUACAGCACCAACUGCCAACAAACAACUAUCACCACUUUAUGCAGCGUUCGAACUCGCCAUUCGAAAUCCUGCGGCAAGGACAACCAUCGCCAACAUCACAUCCACAACAUUCCGGGACAUACAAUUCUGGACCACCAAGGUUUUUAUAGAGAUUUCGAGUGGCCCCCGAUCAUGGGCAUUAUUUUAGCAUGCCUUUCUAAAUAAAAAUCCGAUACAAUUAAAACUAAAAAUCUAGAUAAAUAAAACAAACUACUAAAUAAAUGUCAAAAUGAUACCCCUUUCUGAUGAUCUAUCAAUAUAUAAUAUAAGCUGGAUUAAGAAGAAAAAUAUACAGUUUUCCUUCAAAAUGUU